UUGGUCAAAGGCCAAAGGUUAAUCAAAGAUGGCGGACGAGCACUCGCACAUCUGACUAAAACCGACUGAAUUUACCUGAACCGCAGAGACUGUAACACAGUUCGAAGCGCAGAGGCCCAUGUGCCACAAGGAUAACUUAGCUUCUAGGCAAGAGACAGUACUAGGGUAAUUUUGGUUCACGCAGUUGCGAUGGCUCUCGCAACGAAAACGAUUCCUGUUUUUAGCGGUAGGCAAAUGUGCUAUGUAGCGGCCAUGUGGAGGUCAGUACUUCAACAAGCGCAGGCCUGCACGGGACUGCCGGCCAAAUUCCGCGAUGUUUCACCUAACGUUAACGUUACCUCAUACGGUUCUAGAAACAUCCACUGCAGUCCUGGCCAGUUUGCUGGACACAACAAGUGGUCAAAGGUUCGCCACAUCAAAGGUCCCAAAGAUCAGGCCAAGUCCAUGUUGUUUGCCAAGUAUGCCUUGCAAAUACGAGUGGCAGUGAAAGAGGACGGCCCCAAUCCUGACCUGAAUAGUAAAUUGGACAGCAUCAUUAGCAUAGCUAAGGACAAAGGGAUGACGAAGGCCAGCAUAGAACAUGCCGUGAAGACUGCACAUGGAAACAAGGAUAAGCCCCUGGUUAGUUCCCAGGCAGACAUACAGGGUCCGGGCGGUGCUUGUAUCCUGGUGGACGUGGUGACAGAUGCCAGCAAGCAGACCAGAGAUCAGCUGAGAAAACUUUGCAAAACACACGGGGGAGUGUAUGGAAGUAAGGUUCGCCAUGCCUUUGAAAGAAAAGGGGUCAUCAUGGUCAGCAGUGAUCUGGACAUGGACCGGGCAGAGGAGGUGGCCAUAGAGGCUGGAGCUGAGGAUGUGGAGCAGGUGGUCGAUGAAGAUGACAUGGAGGUCAUACAGUUCAUCUGUGACCCAGCAGACCUCCAAAAUGUGCAGGAAAAGUUGGCAGAACUGCAGUGUGAGACCAAAAGUUCUUCAGUAGAGUACAUCCCAACCCAGACCCUUCCCCUAACAGGAGACUUGUUGGAACAGGCCUCUACUCUGGUCAGAGAGCUGUCAAACAGAGACGAUGUGCUGAAAGUCUAUCACAACAUAGAAGCAUAGUGUCUAGUAGGUUUCAUAUAUGCUUGUUUAUUUCAAACAAUUGCUUCUAGGAGGGUGCGGACAAGAUGUAAGAAUCUUAAUUUAAGAUAUUCCUUUCUUUCAAAUGUUGCUUGUUUUUAUAGAAAUUAUACCAGAAGGUAUAAUUGAAAUCACCAAAUAUAGCAGGUUCUGUAGCUUUUAAAGAAUAAAUCAAAUGAUUUUAGUUUUUGGACCUUUUAAUCCCGAAUCAUGAUUAAUCAAUAUAUGAUUAUAUAACUAAAUGUAUACUGUAAGCAACGUAUGUAUAUGAACAUCCUGGUGUCCCAUUGUUCCAUCCUAAAGGGAGGUGCUGCAAGCUUCUAUAUACAUGUAUUGCCUAGAGACUUCAAAAAACUAGACAUGUCAUUUUAGCAUGAAACGCUAAAAUUUCACUACUAGUAAAGCAGUACACACUCAGCAGGAAAGGUCCAAAAUCCUAAAUUGUUUUUUUUUUCAAGCAAUCUUAUAGACCAUAUGACAUCAAGCUAUAUUUUCUUCUUGUGGUCAGCAAUAUAUAGUAUUAAUCAAUAAACAUGUUUGCAUCAAAUGUA